AUUGUUUAAUAUAAAUUCCUUAACCAUCUUAAUCCAAUUCAGGGUCGCAGAGGCUGAAACUUAUUUUGGCAUCAUACUGUACUUUAGAGCCAAUAUGAAUAGUCUGUUAAUCUGAAAUGCUAAUAUUUAGUAAUGUGGGAGGAAACCACAGACAGCAUCCAAAGGAAAACCCACACAGACAUGGGAAAAAUACGCAGACUCCACACAGACAGUACCUAGGUGUGAGAUUCAAACCCAGCACACUGGAUUAGCGAGGCUGUAUGCAAAAAACACUGUUUAGCUCAAAUCAAUUUAUUGUGAGGUGUUAUUGCACAGGUGUUAUUUUUUCUACAGUUGUAUCUACCAGUGCCUUAGAUUUUAUAUAAUUCUCAGCAUGAAACAGUCAAAAAGUUUUGUGGUGUUUCCACAUCUUUCACGUUUUGGAGGCUUUCUGGUUUGGAUCUGCCUCUAUUCUUCCCAUGCACAGCUUCACCCAAAUUCCAUGGAAAUGCAAGCAUUUGAAACUGCUAGCGUACUAUCAGAAAUUGAAUUUGCUACUUUAAGUGACUAUAGAGGCCCAGGCAACAAUGACACAAGGAAGAACAAAGAGCUGCCAAUAAUCCUGUGGUGGAGUACCAGCCUCUUUCCUCAUUUUCCUGGUGACAGAGAGCGAAUUGACUGUGCAAAAUUUUCCUGUAUGGUGACUAACAACAAGAAGGUGCAACUUCAUAAAAGGACUAAAUCCAUAAUUUUUUACGGGACAGAUUUUCGCGCUUAUGAAGUUCCUUUACCUCGUUUGCCUCACCAGACGUGGGCACUUUUCCAUGAGGAGUCCCCUAUGAACAACUUUAUUUUGUCCCAUUUACCUGGAAUCAGAAUGUUUAACUAUACUGCAACUUUUAGAAGAGAGUCCAAUUACCCUCUCACACUGCAGUGGCUGCCAUCUUUGGAUUAUCUGACUAACCCAGCAGUACCUGUGCAUGAAAAAAAUCAGUGGAGACUGGAUGGCUUUGCUCCAGUCCUCUAUAUGCAGUCGCACUGUGAUGUCCCUUCAGAUCGUGACAGAUAUGUCCAAGAGCUUAUGAAGUACAUUCAGAUUGAUUCAUAUGGAAAGUGUCUUAACAACAAAGAUCUACCUAAUUCAAGACUAGAGGACACCUCAACUGCCACUAUGGAAGACAGUGAAUUCAUGAACUUCAUUACACGGUACAAGUUUCACCUGGCUAUGGAAAAUGGCAUUUGUAGCGACUAUAUGACGGAGAAGCUAUGGAGGCCACUGCAUGUAGGAAGUGUGCCCGUCUACCGUGGUUCUCCCACUGUGCGGGACUGGAUGCCAAACAACUAUUCUAUAAUUCUAAUUGAUGACUUUCCUUCACCAAAACAUCUCGCAGAAUACCUGAUUUUUUUAGACCAGAAUGAUGAUGAAUACUUGAAAUUUCUAGAGUUUAAGAGCCCAGGAGGCAUCAAAAACAGCAUUUUAGUGGAAAGCCUGGAGAAGAGAGAGUGGGGAGUAAAUGAUAUGAGCAAGCCCAACUACUUGAAUGGCUUCGAGUGCUAUGUGUGUGAUCAGGAGAAUGAAAGGAUGUUGCUCGAAAGAGCACACAAGAAGUCUCCAACAACCGUGCCAAGUCCACAGGUCCAUAUUGCCUCUCACAGUCAUAUGGGAUGCCCUCAGCCUACACCAGGAUUUGGAAAUGUGAAUGAAAUUACAGAAAAUGAUAGCUGGUUAUCAAUGUGGCCUCAAGACUACUGGCAGAGCCUAGAUCAGGCAGAGGGCCUGGAAGCCAUGAUUCUAAAAAAUGAAACAGAUCCUGGACGUCUAUGGAAUUAUAUUCAGGACAUUAUUACAAAAACUGGCAGUCACCAUUGACCCCCUUUGGGCAGUGUUUCACUUUAAACCAAAGAAUCCAGUAAAAUACAAACCAAAGAAAGGUUCCAAUGAACAUUUAAAAGAACACAAUGUAUUUUGAAUAGCACACUCUGUUUACUUGAUACCUCAGAACAUUGAAUAUGUGUGUUUGUGUCUAUUUUUGACAGCAAUUUGGUUUACAUGGCAUGUGCAGUUUACAGUUAAUACUGCUCUUCUAAAAAGCCAUCUGGUUUCUUUAUUUAUCAAAUGCAUGGGCUUUGUGCAAUGACCCAACCUUGUCUUCUUAACUUGUACUUCAAUGACUGCAAAAGGGGGUUUGUAAAAGUAAAUUUUUAUAAACAUAAUGCAACUUAAAUAAAUAUGUUUUCUACAUGUCUUACUUUUUCAUUUAUA